AGCAAGACCUGGAGAACAGACAAAGGAGGGCUUCUUCCAUCAAAAUGAGUGAUUCACAGGAGUCUAUGGAGGUGACCUUGCACACAGAAAUCGAAUCCGGCGCAAGUGGAUUUAGUGUGGCCGGUGGAGGAAACGAAGGAAUAUUUGUGAAGAAAGUGCUCAAGGAGUCCUCAGCGUCAAAGUUAUUCAGUCUGAGAGAAGGCGACCAACUUCUGAGUGCCACCAUAUUUUUUGACAAUAUCAAGUAUGAAGACGCGCUCAAGAUUUUGCAGUAUUCCGAGCCAUACAAAGUACAGUUCAGCCUUAAGAGAAAGCUCAGUGGGAAGGAGGAUCUGGAGACGAUGCCUUCUGCGACACUAUCCAAAAAGGAGAAAUUAAGCCAGGGAAAGGAAACAUUGGAAGUAUCCGAAAAGACUACCACAGAAGAAGACAAAGCCAAUUUGAUUGUAAAACAAAGAGUGGGAAGACAAAAACGACCAAAGAAGGACAGACUCUCCUGGCCGAAAUUCCAAUCAAUCAAAGGGAAAAAGAUGCUGGGACAAAGACGAUCUCGUAGCACAUCAGAUGCAUAUGAGCCUGCUAUUCCAGAUGUCUCCCCAACAAGCACCGACACUGAAUUCCCACCAGAAGAAAUGCAUGCUAAGGUUAAAAAAGGAAGCCAAAGGAAAUUAAAAUUCCCGAGCAUUGGAUUCAAGAUAUACAGAAGUAAGCAAGAAACAGAAGAGAAGUCUAAAUUGGAAGAAAAAGUAUUCACAGAGUAUCAAUAUGGUACCACAGAGGACCCCUCAGAGAUCAUAACAGUAGACGAUUCCACCUCUUGGGCACAGGAUAACAAGACAAAAGAACACUAUGAGGCAAAAAAAGAUACCACAACACCAGAACAGGAACUGACUUCUCACACAAAAAAGUGCCCCGAAGUUGAAAUCACUAUUAAAAAACCAAAGGAGAAGAAACAGAAAUCAAGAGGAACAACGAAACCAGAGUCUACGAUUGUAACAUCGCAGAUACCACCUUCUGCAAUAGAAAUAAAAGAUUCACCGACAAAGCAGCCGUCAUUUCCAAAGAUUCGAAAAAAGAAACACAGGGGAUCUAUGGAAAAAAUACAAAGCAAAACAACAGGGGAUUAUGAGCAAAGAGAAAUGCAAAUAGAUGUUAAGGAUGGCGCAACAGGAUUAACGUAUCAAGUGAAACAAGAGGUUAAAAUCACACCACCACCUCAUGAAGCUAAUAUCACAACAGGGUUGGUCUCAGAUCUCAGGGCCCCAGACCUUCAGAUUGACGUACCAUCCACUGAGAUGACUCUUCAUGGCAGUGAGGCAAAACUAGAAGGUGGAGAUAUAAAGAUCAAAAUGCAUAAGUUCCAGAUGCCAAAGUUUGGCAUUUCCCUCCCCAAAGGGAAAGCCGCUGUUGAGGGAGAAAUCACCAUACCUUCCAUAGAGACGGAAGUUCCCAAAACAGAACUCAAAGGCGAGGUGACAGUGCGAUCCGUCGAGAUGGGCAUGAAGACAUCAGGACCACACAUUGAAGGCCCAAGCAUGGAAGUGGAGGUCGGUGGAAAGGACAAAAUGAAAAUGCCAGAUGUUAAGAUGCCCAAAAUAAAGGGGCCCCAGGUGGGUGUCACCCUGCCAAAGGUCGAGAGAGACAGGUCCCUUCCCAAAGUUGAAGUCGAAGUGCCAGAAGGUGAAGUAUCUGUCAAGAUGCCAGAAGCGGAAGGCAGCAUCGAGGGAGGUGGGAUGAAGAUGUACAUGCCAAAAUUCAAGAUGCCCAGCAUGGGCUUCUCCAAACCAGAAGUCAAAGGCCCCAAAGUUGAUGUUGACCUCAGUGCACCCAAGCCUGACGUCACCCUUCCAUCCACUGACCUCAGCAUCUCCAAACCUGAAUUAAAAACGGGAGAGCUUGCAGCCGACAUCAGCAUCUCUGGCCCUGAGGUGAAGUUCCCGACAGGACAGGCCUCCUUGGAGCUCAAGGCCGUAGACUUCCAACUGGAGGCACCCUCGGUUGACAUAGGCGUGGAGGGCACUGAGGGCAAGCUUGAGGGCAUGGACAGGAAGUUCAAAAUGCCUAAAUUCCAGAUGCCAAAAUUUGGCAUUUCCCUUCCAAAAGGCAAAGCCGCUGUCGAUGGGGAUAUCACUGUACCUUCCGUAGACGUGCAGAUCCCCAAAGCAGAACUGAAAGGCGAAGUAACGGUGCCAUCCGUCGAGACGGGCAUAAAGGUAACGCGACCCCACAUUGAAGACUCGAGUGUGGAAGUGGAGGUCGGUGAGAUGGGCAAAAUGAAAAUGCCAGAUGUCAAGAUGCCGAGUGUGAAGAGGCCCAAAAUAAAGGGCCCCCAGGUGGGCGUCACCCUAUCGAAAGUCGAGGGAGACGUGUCCCUUGCUAAAGCUGAAGCCGAACUCCCAGAAGGAGAAGUCUCUGUCAAAGUGCCCGAAGCAGAAGGCAGAAUUGAGGGAGGUGGGAUGAAGUUACACAUGCCAAAAUUCAAGAUGCCCAGCAUGGGCUUUUCCAAACCAGACGUCAAAGGCCCCAAAGUUGAUGUGGAUCUCAGCGUACCCAAGCCUGAAGUCAGCCUUCCAUCCACUGACCUCAGCAUCUCCAAACCUGAAUUGAGAACAGGAGAGCUUGCGGCUGACAUCAGCGUCUCCGGACCUGAGGUGAAUAUCCCUGCUGGCCAGGCCUCCUUGGAAUUCAGGGCCCCAGACUUCCACCUGGAGGCACCAUCGGCUGAGAUACCUGUGAAGAGCGGUGAGGCCAUGCUUCACGGUGUGGAUGGGAAGUUCAAAAUGCCUAAGUUCCAGAUGCCCACGUUUGGCAUUUCCCUUCCCAAAGGGACAGCCACUGUCGACGGGGAUAUCACCGUACCUUCUAUAGACGUGCAGAUCCCCAAAGCAGAACUGAAAGGCGAAGUGACAGUGCCAUCCAUCGAGACAGGCAUAAAAGUAACCAGACCCCACAUUGAAGGCCCGAGUGUGAAGGUGGAGGUCGGUGAGACGGGCAAAAUUAAAAUGCCAGAUGUCCAGAUGCCGAGUGUCAAGAUGCCCAAAAUAAGGGGGCCCCAGGUGGGUGUCACCAUGCCGAGAGUCGAGGGAGAUGUAUCCCUUCCCAAACUUGAAGCCGAACUACCAGAAGGAGAAGUCUCUGUCAAGGUGCCCGAAGCAGAAGGCAGCAUUGAGGGAGGUGGGAUGAAGUUACACAUGCCAAAAUUCAAGAUGCCCAGCAUGGGAUUCUCCAAACCAGAAGUCAAAGGCCCCAAAGUCGACGUGGACCUCAGCGCACCCAAGGUUGAUGUCACCCCUCCAUCCGCUGACCUCAGCAUCUCCAAACCUGAAUUGAAAACAGGAGAGCUUGUAGCCGGCAUCAGCGUCUCAGGACCUGAAGUGAAGAUCCCAACAGGCCAGGCCUCCUUGGAGCUCAAGGCCCCAGGCUUCCAAUUGGACGCACCCUCGGUUGACAUAGGUGUGGAGGGCACUGAGGGCAAGCUUGAGGGUGUGGAUGGGAAGUUCAGAAUGCCUAAGUUCCAGAUGCCCAAGUUUGGCAUUUCCCUUCCAAUAGGCAAAGCCGCUGUCGAGGGGGAUAUCACCGUACCUUCUGUAGAGGCGGAGGUCCCCAAAACAGAACUGGAAGGUGAAGUGACAGUGCCAUCCGUCAAGACGAGCAUAAAGGUAUCAGGUCCCCACAUUGAAGGCCCGAGUGUGGAAGUGGAGGUCGGUGAGAAGGGCAAAAUGAAAAUGCCAGAUGUCAAGAUGCCGAGUGUCAAGAUGCCCAAAAUAAAGGGGCCCCAGGUGGGUGUCACCCUAUCUAAAGUCGAGGGAGACAUCUCCCUUCCCAAACUUGAAGCUGAACUGCCAGAAGGAGAAGUCUCUGUCAAAGUGCCCGAAGCAGAAGGCAGAAUUGAGGGAGGUGGGAUGAAGAUGCACAUGCCAAAAUUCAAGAUGCCCAGCAUGGGCUUCUCCAAACCAGAAGUCAAAGGCCCCAAAGUCGACGUGGAUCUCAGCGUACCCAAGCCUGAAGUCAGCCUUCCAUCCACUGACCUCAGCAUCUCCAAACCUGAAUUGAAAACGGGAGAGCUUGCGGCCGACAUCAGCGUCUCAGCACCUGAGGUGAAGAUCCCUGCAGGCCAGGCCUCCUUGGAACUCAAGGCCCCAGACUUCCAACUGGAGGCACCAUCAGCUGAGAUACCUGAACAGCCACUGUCGACGGGGAUAUCACCGUACCUCAUAGAUGUGCAGAUCCCCAAAGCAGAACUGAAAGGCAAAGUGACAGUGCCAUCUGUCGAGACGGGCAUAAAAGUACCCAGACCCCACAUUGAAGGCCCGAACAUAGCAGUGGAAGUCACGGAGAAGGGAAAAAUGGAAAUGCCUGAUGUCAAGAUGCCCAAAAUAAAGGCCCCCCGAGUAGGAAUCACCCUCUCGAAAGUCGAGGGAGAAUUGUCCCUUCCCAAAGUUGAAGCCGAACUGCCAGAAGGAGAAGUCUCACACAAGGUGCCCGAAGCGGAAGGCAGAAUCGAGGGAGGCGGGAUGAAGAUGCACAUGCCAAAAUUCAAGAUGCCCAGCAUGGGAUUCUCCAAACCAGAAGUCAAAGGCCCCAAAGUCGACGUGGACCUCAGCGCACCCAAGGUUGAUGUCACCCCCACUGACCUCAGCAUCUCAGCACCUGAG